CAUUCGCAAGAAGUUUCCUUCUGUCUUCAAGAAAAUUUUCAUUUCUCUCACACAAAAAAAAAUCUAACGAAAUAAUUUGGCGAAAAUGGCCUCGUUGUGUGGACGAUUGGUACUGAAUGCUGCUCGACGAAAUGUCACCUACACAUCGGUGCGAUUCUGCAAAUCUACCAGCAUGGGAGAUCCCCUCGAUCACGCUACCGGUAUCGAAAAGCGUGAAUUAUUGGCAAAAUUGGCAGGAAACGACGAUCCCUUCAUGAUGAAGAUCAUGAAACGCGGCCCAGGCACAAAGGAGAACCCCAACUGUAUUCCAUCAGCAUUCGAAGCCCGUCUUAUUGGUUGCAUAUGUGAGGAAGAUCAAAUUCGUAUUCAAUGGAUGUGGCUUCACCAAGGGCAAGAAAAACGCUGUGAGUGUGGCCAUUGGUUUAAGUUAGUCGAAAAAACUCCCGUUUAAAUACAAAAAACUUUAAAAAAUCGUUAAUAAUUAGCAAUUGUAUGCAGAAGCGCGCGAUAAGAGCAAAAACGAUCCUUUCUUUAGUCGUUGCGUGUGUAUAAAAACCUAAAUGAAAUUUAAAUAAACCAUAAAUUCAGCAAAAAAUAAAAAAAAAAAACAUGAAUGUAGUCUACAAUAAAAGCGAAAAAUUACGAAAA